AUGGAAGGGAGUGAAGGAAGUGAACUAUGGGUGUUGGUACAAGAGCCCCCCAUACCCUCUGGUGCUGCUGAUACCUAUAAUGGCGACAAUGAGCUGCGGCGCGAAGAAGCAGUACGCGUUGUUUCUAGUGUUACAUUGUUGAAAGUCUUUCAAACAUCUAUCAGGGCGCUGGAGCUGAUGCAGCAGCAGCAGCAGCUACAACAACAACAGCAACAGCAGCAACAACAACAGCAGCAGCAGCAACAGCAGCAGCAGCUACAACAACAACAGCAAUUGGGCAUAUACCUCUCGCAAGCAGCUUCAGGAAGCAGCCCGACACACAGGUCACACGAGCAGCACCAGCACAGUCAACAUAGCUCUGCUGCAGCAGCAGCAAAUCCAGGUGCAGCUGGUGUUGCUCCAAUUGCUGUUGCCCUUCCUGCUGCUGCUGGCGCACAUACUGCAGCAGGCCUAUCACCACAUCGACAACCACCAGCAGCAACAGCUGCAACAGCAGCAACAGGAGGAGGAGGAGCAGCAGCAACAAGCCACACUUCAAGGCAUUGGGGGUCCCAUGGAGGUAGAGGUACUCCGCUGCACACGACUUCUUUGUUGCGUUCUCUUGAGAAUAGUGUGGCAGAAAAGGUUAAGUCCUUCUUUCAGAGGCCCAGCCAACAGCAGCAACAGCAGCAGCCGCAGCAGCAUUCUCGUCUUCGGCAGGUACUGGCUGGCUCUCCAGGGCCGUUGGCCUUUGGCGGUGUCGUCGCUCCUCCUAGGGUACCACCAGAUCCAAGAGUAGCAGCGCAGCAGCACCAAUAUCAGCUGAUGCAGCAGCAGAGGAUUGCUGCAGCACGAGCAGCAGCAGCAGCAAGAGCAGCAGCACGCAGACGCCACUUUGUACGCUCUGCAGCAAAAGAUUCUAUAGAUGCUGACGAAGGAACGCUCGCGCUGCAUCUGUCCCCCGAGGCAGAAGCAGCACUGUCAGCAGCAACUGCUGCUGCAGCUAACUUAGAAGGCAACACGGAGGACCCUGUUGAUGUUGAUGAUAAACUUUGUGCUGCAUCAGCAGCUACUGCUGCUGCUGCUGCUGGGCGUGUUGUAUCUAUCGCAUCCACGGGAGACUUGAGUCUUCGCUUCCUAGUUGAAACUUUUAAACCAGCAGCAGCAGCAGCAGCAGCAGUAACAGCAGCAGCAACAGCAGAUGCAGAGCACCAGAACUGGCAUGUGCAGACCCUCGAGUUUCCAUUAGACAAACUCUUUAGUCAACCUGGUAGUUUGCCCUUGGUGUCCCCUGCUGCACCAGCAGACGGAGACAGCCUCAAGCCCUCCAAGGGAUUUUUUGAGUGGGCGCUGCAGCGGGUGCUGCAGCUGUUGAUGCCGCGCACUCCAAGAGGUACAAAGGGAGGAGCGCAGAAGAAGCAGCAAAAAGAGGAGCACAAGCAGCAGCAGCAGCAGCAACAGCAGCAGGAGCAGAAACAACAACAAGCUCAACAGGGAGUUGAGGAACAAGACGGCAAUUGCCCACCAAGUUCUCCUCGGUCCCCGGGCACUGACAACAGCAGCAGCAAUAUUGACAGCAACAAUAACAACAACAACAACAACAGCAGCAGCAGUAGCGGCCCGAGUUUACACCAACGCAUGCAUGAAUCUUUAUACGAGGCUUUAAAAACGCAUGCAGAGAAGCCAUCGGGGUGUCUGUGCGUUGUUGAAUUUCUUUCUGCUGCUGCUGCUGCUGACGGAUCGAUCUUAGAUGGAAACGGAAAUACAGCUGCAGCGCAUGCAUCUAUCCUUAAUGUCCUUUCCCUGCUGCUGCCGCGGGAAACAGCAGCAAUAAAAAGCAGCAGCAAAGGCCGCAGCAGAAGAGAGAGUGACACCGCAUUCUUCACGGAGCUCAGCAGCUGCUGCAGCACCAUCACAACCUUUAGCAGGUGCAGCAGCAGUAACAACAACGACAGUGACACAGAAGACCAGCAAACCAGUGCUGCAGCAGAAGACACGCCAUCUGCACCGGAUCUGCUGGCCCUUCCGCGUUGCUGGCAGCACGCGGCCCAGCAGCAGCAGCAGCAGGAGGAACGGGGGUUUGCUGAUGACUGUUUCUCUGGGGAUGGUUUAGAAGACGGCACCGUUACUUACAACGACAUCCGUUACUGUCUCCUCGCCCCCCCCACGCUGCUUCAUAUGGCUCCUAAAGAACAGCAGCAGGAACAACAAGAGCAGCAGCAGCAACGGCAGCAACAGCAACAGAAGGGAGCUGAGGCAGAGGAAGAGGCAAUCUGGAUGAAGUCUCCGUGGAAAGAGACGCUGAGUAUCUUCCAACACCCAUCAUCAGCAGAAGCAGAAAAGGAUACAACAGCAACAGAAGCAACAGCAGCAGCAACAGAUGCUGUUGCUGACGAGAGCUGCGGCAGUACUGCAAUUGGCUAUUAUUGUGCUGCGCUUAUCUGGAGGAAUUCGCAACGCAUGCAGUCAAAAAGUACAGCAGCAGCAAAAGCCGCAAGACUCGUCUUGGAAGCCUUCACCCAGCAGGAGGAGGAGCAGCAACAGCAACAGCAACAGCAACAGCAACAGCAACAGCAGCAACACCAUGCAAGAGAUAGACUCCUACCGGAGGUGUUGGACCGGCUGCGAGCCGCUUCAGCCUUGGCCUCUCCGCUGUCUCUUCCUUCUUUGCUGCUGGAGGGGAAUAAUUCAGUAAUAGUACACAGCUCCAAUGGACAGGAGCAAACAAAAGAUGAUGGAGGAAAGGAAGCAGAACAGCAGCAGCAACAACAACAGCAGCAACAGCAGGGACAGGAGAAGGAGGGGACAGAUACAAGCGGCAGCAGCAGCAGCAGCAGCAACGAUGAUGGGGAGAUUGACGAGAUGCAAACAGCAAAGCACGCUCUUUUGCUGCUGCAACAGCAGCACCCGAGUUGCUGCUUGCUGUGGACGCCUGCUGCUGCAGCAACAGCAGCAGCAAUGCAGCGACUCUCACAAGCUUUGAAAGGCCUCAACCUAGUGAAGGCCCCUCAGCCGCAGACCUGCAACAGCACCGACAACGACAGCAGCAACAGCAGCAGCAACAGCAGCAGCAACAGCAGCAGCAGGGGUACUGCAGCUAACCGGCGCAGCAGCUGCCCUUCACGGUUUUGUGACGACGAAGGGUUUAGUGGUCGGCGGUUAACAUUUGAAAAGCCCGAAUUUCAUGUAGAAAUCCUAGGAGGCCUAAACUCUCCCCCUUCUUUUUAUUGUUUGCCGUCAGCUUCACGGCGUGCGCGUUUGCGUAUUGCGCAUGCAUCCCCAGCAGCAGAAGGGGGAGGAGCAACCGCAGCAAGAGUAGUAGAAGCAACAGAUUUAUUGCAUCAAGAUCAUUUUUUUGUUGGUGCUGCUGAGGAUUUUUGCCAAGUUUGUUUCUGUCUCCCCUCUUCUCCUUUUCUUGGGGUGUCUCUGCAUGCACAUCGUCAUGGUACACGCAUGCACCCUAAGCCUUGUGUAUCAGCAACAUGUCUCUUUGGUGACCCAACAGCAUCACCUGCUGCUGCUGUAGCUGCUGCUGCUGAAGCAGGAGUCAGGUAUGCUGCUGCUGUUGCUGCUGCGCAAGCAGCAGGCGUCAAAAAUCCUGCAAUUACUGCUGCUGCUGCAGACAGCAGGAUGCUUGGAUGCUCCUUAACAGCAGCAAUACUGUUAGCAAACAUAACAGAUAGACACGAUGUCAAGCCACCGCAGCAGCAGCUGCUGCUGCAGCUGCAGCAGCAACAACAUCCACAACAGCAUCAACUGCAGCUACCACAGCACGAAAACCAGCAACAACAACAACAACAGGAACAACAGCAGCAACUGCAACAACAGCAACAGCAACAGCAACAGCAACAACAGGAGCAGAAAGAACAUAACCAGCAGAAGCAACAAGAAGCAACCGAGCAGCAAGAGAAGCAGGAAAAUAUCCAACACCAGGAGCAACAGCAAGAGAACCAACAGCAACCGCAGCAAGAGCAACAACAACACCAAGAACAGCAAGAGCAGCAGCAACAACAGCAGGAAGAGCAACAACGAGAACAGCAGGAAGAGCAUCAACAAGAACAGCAGCAAGAGCAUCAACAGCAACAGCAGCAGGAUCAUCAACAACAACAACAGCAGCAAGAGCAACAACAACAACAACCACCACCACAACAACAGCAACAACAGCAGCAAGAGAAUCAACAGCACCAACCUCAACAGCAACCCCAACUACACCAACAACUGCAGCAGCACCAACAGCAGCACCAACAGCAGCAGCAGCAGCAGCAGCAGCAUGGAUAUAUGGGAGAGUCGAAGGCGGGCCGCCCGCAGCAGCAGCAGCGGCUGCAGCUGCAAGGCAUAUGUCUCCUUUGUACGGAGACGGCAAAUCUCCUUUACUCCAUCACAGCAGCAACGCACAGGAUAAAACAGCCCACCACCACCCAGCAGCAACAGCAACAGCAGCAGCAGCAGCAGAAGCAACAGCAGCCAAUUAUUUUUACUCCUGUUCUUGUCUCACAAGCUGCCUUUGAGGAGAACGGGGAGCAGCACAGUGUAACUUCGGGAGGCACCUUGGUAGUUAGGGUCUCUGCUGGAGCGAAUCGGCAUCGUGUAGACACCUGGACACUACAUCAAAUGCUGUACUUUGCGGACACAUUGCAAGCCCUAGCAGAGAUGCUUGCAGAGUUUGACAGUGCAGCUGCAGCCAUAAGCAGACGUCUGAACAUCAGCAGCAGCGAACGAAACGAUAUACCACUGCAGCAGCAACAACAACAGCAGCAACAACAACAGCAGCAACAACAACAGCAGCAACAACAACCGCAGCAACAACAACCGCAGCAACAACAACAACAGCAACAACAACAGCAGCAACAACAACAGCAGCAACAACAACAACAGCAACAACAACAACAGCAACAGGAAGAACAACCACAGCAACAGGAAGAACAACAACAGCAACAGCAGCAACAGACGCAGCAACAAGAACAACAGCAGCAACAUGAACAACAACAGCAGCAACAGCAACAGCAGCAGCAGCAGCAACAACAGGAACAGCAGCAACAGGAACAGCAGCAACAACAACAAGAACAGCAACCACAGCAGCAGCAACAGGAACAGCAACAGCAGCAGGAACAGCAACAACAGCAACAACAGCAGCAACAGCAAACGGAACAGGAACAACAGCAGCAACAGCAAACGCAACAAGAACAACAACAACCACAACAACAGCAACAGCAGCAGGAGCAGCAACAGCACCAAGAGGAGCAACAGCAACAGCAGAAUCCAUCAGAGGAGAGCCAACAAGGCGCACAUAAGCAGGACCAGCAGCAGCAGCAGGCGUCGCAGGAACUAAUGGUACAGCAGCAGCAACAGCAGCAGCAGCCGCAACAACAACAACAGCACCAACAGCAGCAGCAGCCGCAACCGCAGCAACAGCAGCAGCAGCAGCAGCAGCAAACAGAACAAAAGGUGAAUCAUGAGGAGAAGGUGGCUCCCCAAUCUGCUGCUAAAGGAGACACAUGCAAGAGACAUCUACGUCGUUGUCAGAUUGUUGCUGCUGCAGAGCUACUAGAUGCAAUAAAAACACCUCUAAAGCGUCUGUCCCCUGUAGACACUAAAUCCCCAUUUGCUGCGGCAGCAGUAGCAGCAGCAAAGGCGGCGGCGGCAGCAGCAGCAGAAAGGGAAGCAGCAAAAGCUGCAGCGGCAGCUGCAGCAGCAGAAGCAGGAAAGGAAGCAGCAAAACCAGAUAUGGAAGCAGCAGCAACAGUAGCCGCAGCAGCCGAAGCUCUUGCCAAGGCUUUAGAAUCCUCUCCGGAGUCUCUGCCUGAAGCUGGGGGUCCACCUGAGGUGCCGGACGCCCCUGCAGAGCCGGGGGAAGGUACUGUUCCUGCUGCUGCUGCUACUGCUACUGCUACUGCAGCUACUGCUGCUACUGCAGCAACCCCUCUUAGGGGUUCUAUAGACAACCAAGAUCCCCUAGAAGGAAUACCUAAGAGCCUUUUGCAGCAGCAGCUAGGGGCAGCUCCUCUAUCCCGCCAUUCCAGUGACAGCAGCAACAGCAGCAACAGCAGCUGCAGCAGAAGCGACAGCAGCAGCAGCAACAGCAGUAGCAACAGCGACGAGGAAAGUGAAGCUCAAGGCUCUGCCACAACCCGCAAAGAAGUGCCCGUUGAGGGGCUGUCUGCUGUUGCUGUUGCUGCUGCCGCUGCAGCAGAAGGAAGGCGUGCAAAGCAGGGUCAAGGUGUAUAUGCAGCACCACCAACAACAGCACAAGCACCAACAACAGCAAAAGCAACAGCAACACCAACAACAACAACAACAACAACAACAACAACAACAGCAGCAGCAGCAGCAGUAGACGGAGCAGACUCAGAAUGUGGCAGCAGCGCCUCCUUCCAUUCGGCAAAUGAAUGGCAAUGCCUAUCGCCAACAUCCUGUGACGCCAAUAUUAUAGAAGUAGCAAGCUUUGAAGAUACAGCAGCAGCAGCAGCAGCAGCAGCAGCAGCAACUCCAACUGCAGCAGCAGCAGCAACAACAACACCAGCAGCAAGUCCAAGUGCAGCAGCAGCAAGAAAUCAACAGAAGACCCCACAAAAAGUAGAGGGGACAACAAAUGUGAUGGAUAUCCACAAAACUAUGCAGCAGCACAAACAGCUGCAGCUGAGGCUGCACGAGACAAUCAAGACCUUACACCUGCAGGAACCACCGCAGCACGAGCAGCAGCAGCAGCAGCUGCUGGAGCUGCUGCAACAGACCCAUCCGGAAAGGAAGCAGUUCGGGAAAAUUGCUGCGGAAGGCGCAGCAACAGGAGCAACCCCGACAAGCGAAACAGCCGCAGCAGCAACCCCAACAACCGCGACAGCAGCAGCAGCAACCCCAAUAAGCGCAACGGCAGCAGCGGCAACCCCAGCAAGCGCAACAGCAGCAGCAACAACAACAAGAGCAACAGCAAAGACAGAUGCGGCAGUAGCAGCAACCAAAACAGCCGCAGCGGCAAAACCAAAAGCAGCAGCGGAGACAGCAGCAGCAGCAGCAGCACGAAUAACUGCAAGUGCCACAAGAAUGAAAAGAGAGGCAAGUGCAGUUGGUGCAGCUGUUGCAGCAGCAGCAGCUGCUGCUGCUGCAGCAGCUGCUGCUGCAACCACCACGAAAUCCCAAGCAGCAGCAGCAGCAGCAAAAGCGAAAAUGGCAGAAGACGAGGCAAUUGAUGCAGCAGCUGCAGCAGAAGCCACUGCAGCAGGUACACCAGCAGCAAUUGCAGACCCAGCAGCAGCAGCAGAAGCAGCUGCAGCAGCAGCUGCAGCAAAUGACAACAAUGCGCGCGCGCUUGCAGGUGCUGAAAGAGCUGCUGCUGCUGCUAAGGUAGAAGCACGGGCAUCAGCACAAGCAGCAGCAGCAGCACGACUAGCGGAAGAAGAGGCAAUCGAGGUGGCAGCAGCAGCAGAAGCGACUGCUGCUGCUGCCGCCGAAGCAGCAGCAGCAGAAGAAGAAGAAUAUCAAGACCCAGGAGACACUAAGAGGGCACACGGCGAACCCAAGGCAUCAACAUCAACAGCAGCAGCAGCAGCAGCACCAACAACAGGAAAGUCAGCAGCAGCUGCUGCAGCAAAUAAGCCCAUCAGAGCUGACGCUGCAGCAGCAGCAGCAGCAGAAGCACGACGGCAGCAACUUUCCGGUGAGGAGGAGGCAGCAGCAAAGGGACAACCCCCCGAGGAGACAAGUAGAGCAACGGGAGUUGGAGCAGCACCUGCAGCAUACGUUGCACAAUCAGCAGAAGCCGCAGCAGCAGCUGCUGCUGCUGCAGAUGAUUCUGCUUCUUUUGAUGCAGCUGGAGCUGCAGACGCAGCAGAACCACACCCUGUAGCAGCAGAAGCACUCGAGCAGGGUAUGAUGCUUAUUUCUUCUGCUGCAGCAGCAGCAAUAGGGGGGAGGCGGCAGGUGUCUGAAGCAGCAGCAGAUGCUGCUGUUGCUGCUGCUGCUGUUGCUGCUUUGGCUAAAAAGGCAGAAGCAACAGCAGACCACUGCAAGCAAGCAGAGAGCCGUUGUGCUGCAGCAGCCACAAGAGCAGAAGCAGCAGCAAAAAUAGCAUCGCAUGCAGCAGAAGAUGCUGCUGCUCUAUUGCUAAAAGCGUCAGAUACAAAGGAGCAGCUGCAGGAUACUGUUGCUUCUGCUACUGCGUCGGGUAGAGAUGCAGCAGCAGCAGCUACUGCUGCUGCAGCAGCUGCUGCUGAUGCCCAGCAGCAGCAACAACACACAGGUGCAUUCAGAGAAGCUGCAGAAGCAGCGGCGACACUGGCUAAGGAAAGAGCAGCAGAUGCUGCUGCUCUAGUAGAAGAGACAAGGAAGCAGCGUGCUGCUGCUGCUGCUGCAGUGGAGCAGCAGGAGGCAUAUUUUGCUGCAGUAAAAUCAGAAAUAGCAGCAGUAGUAGAAGCAGCAAAGAGCCAAGAAGCAACAGUCAAAAAAGUAGCAGCAGCAGCAGGUGCUGCUGCUUCUGCGUUACAGGAGCACAAGCCGCAGCAGCAGCAGCAGCAGCAGCACGAAGCAGCUGAUGCUGCAUUGCAGUCUGCUACUUCUGCUGCUGCUGCUGCUCUGAAGCGACGGCAGCAAGUAGACGAUUGCUACGUCAUGGUUAUGGCUGCAGCGCAAGAGGCGAAGCAAGCAGCAGAAGCAGCAACACGAGGCGUUGCAGCAGCAGAGCAGUGCCUCAAAUCUAGUGCUGCUGCACAGCAGCGCAUGCAGCAAGCUGCUGAUUCUGCUUCUUGUAAUGCUACUGCUGUGCAGCGGCGCAAGGACGAAGCAGCAGCAAACGCAGAUGAUAUACGCAGACACAAGGAGGCUGCUGCUGCUUAUUUUGCUGAAUUCAAGCAGCAGCUGGAUGCUGCUGCAGCAGGAGUUAAAAAGGUGCAGCAGCAUGAAGCAGCAGCAGCAUCUGCUGCUGCUGCUGCAGAAGAAAAGCAGCAAAAGAUAGAGGAAUGGGAAGGAUUAGCAAAGGCAGAAGCAGCAAUUGCACAGGAUGCUGCUGCUAGAGCAUCUGAGCUCGUGUCUGCUAUAGAGCAGCAGCAUGCAUCUACUGCUGCUGCCGCUGCUGGGAAGGAGACACACGAGGCACACGCAAGUCACCAGAAAACUGUUGCUGCUGCAGCAACGGAGAUGCAACACCACAAGGAAGCAGCAGAUGCAGCAGCAGUGAGCAGAUGCAAGGAGAAAGCUGAACGUACAGCAGAUGAGCUGCAACAGAAAGUGACUGCAGCAGCAGCAGCAGCAGCAAAGCUGCAGGAGUGGACAUCAGCUGUUGCUGCUGAACUGAAGUCCCAGAAGGAGACAGCAGCGGCAGCUGCUGCUGCUGUUGCCACAGUGCAGCAGCAGCAACAACAAGCCUUCGAAGCUGCUGAGAAGGCAAAACGGGCUGCUGCUGCUGCAGAAAAAGCUGCUGCUGCUGCUACUGCAGCAGCAGCCGACGGCGAGAAGCAGCGCUCCGCCGCUGCCGCUGCUGCUGCUGCUGCUACGGUUACCCUACAGGACGAGAUGAAGGCAGUAGCAGCCGCUGCUGCUGCUACUGAGCGGGUUGAGGAAUGUAAGAUGCUUGGCGAUGCUAACGAAGCAGUAGCAAGCGUAGCAGCAGAUCUCCAGCAGCACAAAGAAGCAGCAGCAGCAGAUGCAGCAGCAACGCAGCAACACCGGGAAACCGCAGCUGAGUGUGCUGCAGUAGCAGAAUCUGCUGCACUCAAGUGUAUAGCCACUGCAUCACAGCUGCAGCAACUUGCUGAUUUUACAGCAGCAGCGGUGGCAUCGGAGAGGCGGCGGCUGCAGCAAUCCUUUGAGAAAGCAGCAGCAGCAGCAGCAAAGUCUCAUAGGCAAGUAGAGACAAUUCGUGCAGCAACUGCAGCAGCAGCAGCAGAAGUGUUCGAGAACAGCCAUGCAUUUGCUGCUGCUAACAAGGAAGCUCUAGUUGCAGCAGAAACAGCAGCAGAAGCCGCAGCAGCUGCUGCUGCUGCCGUGGGUUCUGUACAUGCAGCUGAACAGAUCGCCACGCGAGGAGCAACAGCAGCAACUGCUGCUGCUGCUGCAUCUGUCGAGGCUUCGGAGAAGGCCAAACGAGCAGCAACAGCAGCAGCAGCAGCAGCAGCAGAAGCCGAAGGGGCAGGAGCAACGAAGGCAGCGGAAACGGAAAGGGGCUGCAGCUCCGCUAUUGCAGCAGCAGCAGAAGCUGCAGCAGCAGCAGCAGCGGCGGCGGCGGAGAGCGCUAUUGCGGCAGAAGAAGCAGCAGCUGCUGCUGCCUCCAAGGCAGCAAGCAGCCAGGCAGCCUGCUGCACUGCAGCACGAGGAGCCUUUGCUGCUGUUGCUGCAGCAGAUGCAGCACUGCAGGCAGAGAGGGUAGCAGCAGACUACUCAGGUCUCUCAUUAGCAGCACUAGAGGCAAUUAAGCAGCAAGCCCCUCCCCCUCAUCUAUCUAGCUACGGUACCCUUCCUCUAGGGGCCCCCCAGCAGAGGGCCCCCCACACCAGACAUGGGGGCCCCCCCGUUGAGGAGAUCCACAAGGACUUACCCACAAUUGGAGGAGACAGCAACUGCAAUAGAGAAGGAGACAGCAGUGUCUCCUUUGCUGCAGCAGAAGCAGCAGCAGCAGCAAAUGCUGCUAACUAUACUGUGCUGUCAGAUGCUGAUAGCCAAACAAGUAGACCAACAGCAAGCAGCAACAGCAGCAGCAGCAAGAGCAGCAAGAGCAGCAAGAGCAGAAGAAAUAACAAUGAUUGUAGUAUAAACAAUAACAGGAACUGCAGCAGCAGCACCUCCAAGUGCAACACGAACAGCAGCAACAGCCACUGCAGAAGCACCAGCAGCAGCAGCAGCGACAGUAGUAGCAGCAGCAACAGCAGCAACAGCAGCAAGAGUAGCUGCAACUGUGGCGGUACACUUGCUGCUGUCCCUACAGAGUCUUGGGGAUCGGAGACAGCAGAGAGCACCCCGAGGCCGCGGCCCCAUAGCCUCGGCAGCAGCAAAGGCAGCAGCAGCAGCAGAAGCAGCAAACCCAGCAUCAACGAAAAGAGCGGCAGGAAAAUGGUGACUAACAGCUGCAGCAGCAGCAACAACAGCAGCAACAGCAGCACGGUGCCGGGUUCGCAUGUGGUCAGGCGGAGGCCAUGUCCAGGUGUACAGACAGCAGAUAUGCAAUACUUUGACUCAUCUGCUGCUGCUGCUGCUGCUGCUGCUGAAGGUGCUACCUCGGCUGCGCAGCUAGGCAAACGUAGCCGCAGCACCGCACCGGUCGCCAGCAACAGCAACAAGGGUAGCAGCAGCAGCAACGGCGUCUCCUCUCUGCAGCGUCAUCAUCAACAGGCACCGCAAGAAGAGCCACAGCAGCAGCAGGCGCAGCAGCGAGAACAGCAGCAACAGCAGCAACAGCAGCAUCAGCAGCAGCAGAGGAGGCAGAAGGAGACUGGGGGGCUCCACAAGGGUACAGGAGUCUCCUCUGGCCACCGCGAGAAGGUCCCACCAGGGUACCCAUCCUUCUGGGGUCCCCACCAAGUGUCUAGGGGCCCCCGUCGUCCCCAGGGGGGGCCCCGUCGUCCCCACGGGGCCCCCCAAAUGUGGUCUAUGGUCCCUUGGGAAGGGGCCCCCCUUGGCGGAUCUACAGAGGAAGCAGCAGCAGCAGCAGCAGCAGCAGCAGCAGAAAGAAGCAGAAGAAAAGAUAGAAGAGACAGAUUAAUACAAUCAAAGCUGCUGCGGCAGCAAGCUGCUCUUGCUGCUGCAUCUGCGGAGAAUUCGCGGCGCUUAGAUGAGAAUUGGAGGGAAGUUACAUCUAUUAAGAGGGCUGUUAGGUCCCUUAUGCAAUCUGUCUCCUCAGUAAAGGAGACAGCAGAGACACUGCAGCCUUAUCGUUCCCCUCCUCCUCCUCCUCCUCCUCCUCCUUCUUAUAAGAAUGGCCGCUUCUGUGCUGCAUGCAGCAGCACCAGCAGCAGCAGCAUCAGCAAAAUCAGCAGCAGCAGCAACAGCAGCAGCGGCAGCAGCAGCAGCAGAAUGUUCCAAUCACGCUACGGGGAAGACACAACUGCCCCAGGCCCACUGGCGGAUGCGCUGCGCGAAGGAGGACCUGCAGCACUACUGCAGCAGCUAACAAGAGCUCUUCUCCUUGAGGAAGUCUCGAGGGUCUCCAACUCCUUUGGCUACCCCGUAAAGAUGCAGCAGCAGCAGGAGGGAGGCCCUUCUGCUGCGGCGGCGGCGGCGGCAGCAGCAGCAGCAGCUGCUGCUGCCGCCUGUGGAGGAGACAAAUGUAUAAACACAAUACAGCCUGGAGCAGCAGCAGCAACAGUUCCUGAUCCUGCCGCUGCUGCUGCUGCUGCUUCCCCUUCUGCUCUUUCUGCCAGGGGACUUCUGAUGCCUGCUGCUUCUCCUCCUCUGCCUUGGACCGAGGCAGCAGCAAGCUCAGCCGCAGAAGCAGCAGCAGCAGCAGCAGGAACACCGAGGGCAGCAGCUGCUGCAAAUGCUCCUGCUGCAGUGUCUCCUUUAAGCAGCGAGGAGGAGACAACAAGUGUUCUUUCUUCUGUCCCUGAUGAAGGAGACCCCUCAACAGGGAUACAGUACCGAGACAUGGGGCAUGCAGCAGCAGCAGCAGCAGCAGCAGCGGCAGCAGAAGCAGCAGCAGCAGCAGCAGCAGAAGCAGCAGCAGCAAGGACAGGGAAUCGGCUGUCACCAGUAGCAAGUAGUGCCUCUCCACCCAGACAAAUCAUACAAGGCAGCAGCAGCAGCUGCAGCAGCAGCAGCAUUGCAGGUAUCCUGGAGCAGCGGUGCCAAGCACAAGCAGCAGCAGCAGCAGCAGUAGCUGCUGCAGCUGAGGCAGCAGCUGUUGCAGGUGUAGCAGCAGCAGCAGCUCUGAAUCAGCAACAGCAGCAGCAGCAGCAGCAGCAGCAGCAGCGGUCUGCUGUUCAGUACCGACCUCCUCUGUACUUGCCAAUGGGGAUGCCGCAGCAAAUAGUAUACGACGCCGUCUUCUCCCCGCUGCAGCAGCAGCAGCAGCGGCAGCAGCAGCAGCAGCAGCGGCAGCAGCAGCAACAGCGGAGAGGGCAGCAGCAGCAGCAGCAGCAGGAGACAGUAGCGGGUUUAGUUCGUCCCUCUCCUGCUGCUCUGUCUCCUUUAUGCGUGUCUCCUCCUUCCUUGUCGCCUCCUGCUGCUGCAUUUGCUUUGUCUCCUUUGCUGCGGCAAUGGCCUAACCCCAACAGCAGCAGCAGCAGCAGCAGCAGGCAGCGUGCUGCUGUAUAG